GUGGGUACCGCAGGCAGGCACGGGUAAGCUCCGGGAGAUUCUGACCAGCGACGCCGAGGACUUCCAGGAUUGGGCGUGCCCCACGACACCGUCGCUGCUGCCGUGAGAGUCGUUGACCACCUGCGCGCCCAGCCAGCCAGACCAAUUCGAGCAAGGACGAGAGAAGGAAAUCCGCCAAGAUGUCCAUGUUCCGGUCGAAGAAGUUCGACCUGGGCUGCUUCGCCAACGUCAAGACAAUCCGCGACCACUCCAAACGGAAAGCAUUCGAGGCCUUUGAGCCAGAGAGACAAGCGCUGCGGUACGUCAUCCGCAACACGACGCUGCCGGCGCGGACGCGCGCCAUCGCCCAGCUGCAGCUCGCCGGGACGCACUGCUACACGCGGUCGACACAGAUCCGCAACCGCUGUCUCAUGGGCGGCAAGGGGAGAGGUAUACUGCGGGACUUUAAGCUGUCAAGAUUUAACUUCCGAUUGCAAGCUCUUGCGGGCAAUAUACCGGGCGUUAAAAAGGCCAGUUGGUAAAGCUUCUCGAGAAAAUGGAGACUGGCUAGAAGAGGACCAUGAUGCGAGUUUAUCAAGUCGAUGCCAAUUCUACUCACCGGCUAGGAUUGCGCGCUCUAGGAGGGGAUAUCUGACGAGACAGAUGCUAGAUCCAAAGUGGACAACUCGCGUGGGCUGUGGAUGUUUGACUCUCACCAAAGACCUUUCCCGAACCCCUUUACGGUUGUUAAUAGGCGUUAUGGAAACCAUGCAAAGAAGGGUUUCCAACCUCCAUCUACGGCCAUGU